AAGAGAUGACAAUGGAUUCAAAUAGCAAUAAGGAUUACAAUCUUAAUAUUACUGAUUAUUCAAGCGAUGAAAGUGAUAAUGGUUUAAUAUUGAAUAAUAUUAAUAAAUUAAAUAAUGAUACAAAACUUAAUAAUAAUUCAAUGAAAAAUAAAUUAAAACAAUCGUUAUCUUUGCCAUCGCUAAGCGGUGGAUCCAAUUCAGUACCCAAUUCACCGACAGUUGAUCAUAAAUAUAUGCAAAAUCUAAACGCGGCGACACUGUUGAUGAAAAACUCACAACAGAUCCUUAUUGAAACAAACCCUCCGUCGCCUUCAUUUAGUAUCACUCGUCCCGUCUAUAAUGUCAGUGAAUUUAAUCGCAAUUAUAUACCAAAUGAAACAAAAAAGACAACUCGAGAAAAGGUUAGUCGAUUUGUACCCGACGUCAGUCAUACCGCUUGGAUUAAACGAAUUAAGACAUUCAUACCGAUUACACGAUGGCUACCGGCGUAUAACAUCCGUGAAUGUCUUAUUGCUGAUAUAGUGGUCGGCAUAACUAUUGCAUCGUUUCAAGUGCCGCAAAGUAUGGGAUAUGCGUUAAUAGCCAAUGUAAACCCUAUUUAUGGUCUUUAUACUGCUUUUUUCCCGGCUCUCAUGUAUACCAUAUUAGGCACAUCACACCACAGUGCUGUCGGUCCGGUGGCCAUAGUGGCCGGUUUGAUGACCGGAACAACUAUAGUAGAAGUUUGUGAUGACUUGAAAAUAGAUCUCGUAAACAACGACUCAACUCAGGCACUGGAAGGCUAUAAAGAUAUAAAGGUUAUCGAUAUUGCAGUUAUGAUAUCAAUGAUUAUUGGCUUAUAUAUACUGAUAUUCGGUAUCUUUCGGUUGGGAUUUAUUAGUAACUUUUUGUCCGCCCAUUUUGUGAGCGGUUUUAUGACUUCGGCUGCACUACAUAUCUUCACUACACAGAUCAGGUAUCUAACGGGAGUACAUCUCAAUAACUACACCGGAAUGCUAGCGCUUCCCAAAGUUUACAUUGAAUACUUCGAGAAGAUCAGAGACACCAAUCUUACAGCUGUUGUCAUAUCAAUAAUAUGUGUAUCGCUUUUACUUUUCUUCAAACUGGUAGUCGAGCGAUUAGUUCAGCGUAUGGGUCUUAAACUACCGUUACCUAUACACCUGUUCAUUAUAAUUGGCGGUUGUUUAAUAUCGUGGGCUAUGAACUUGAAACAGGAAUACCAAAUCGACAUCGUUGGCCCCAUACCUGAUUAUUUCCAGAGUCCAUCGGUUCCCAAGUUUAAGCUUUUUAAAUAUAUGUGGUCCCGAUGUAUACCAGUGGCAGUAGUGUCUUACAUAUUGACCCUAUCUGUUGGCCAAAUUUAUGGUGCAAAACACAACUACAAAGUUGACUCUAACCAAGAAAUGAUAGCAUUGGGUGUUACCAACAUAUGGUCGUCGUUUUUUGCUUGUCUCGCAUCGUGCGCUUCAAUACCCCGUUCCUCAGUACAGGAAGGAGGUGGUGGUAAAACACAGAUUGUUAGCAUAAUCAACUGUAUUUGUAUAAUGAUUGUCAUAUUAGUGUUGAGCACACUUAUGUCUGAUUUGCCAAAAUGUGUAUUGGCCUCAUGUAUAGCCUGUGCCUUAGCCUCAAUAUUUGCCAAAUUUCAAGAGUUUUGGAGUUAUUGGAAAUUAUCUAAAUUGGAUGCCAGCAUUUGGAUGAUUACAUUUCUGGGUGUAGUCAUAAUGAACUUUGAUUACGGCAUAUACCUGGGCUUCGGGUGUUCGCUAUUGCUAUUGAUAUACAAAUCUCAACGACCGAAAACAUAUUCGUUGGGAUCAAUAGAUUAUUCCGACAUAUAUGUGCCAAUCAGUAAGUUCAAGAGGGCUCGUGAGUUGGAUGGCGUCAAAAUCUACCAGUUUUGCGGUCCACUUAAUUUCGCUAAUAUUCAGUACUUUAAAAAAGAGUUACAGAUUAGAAGUGGCGUCGAUGUCACUCUGAUCAAAGAGGAGCUGAAAGCGAUGACACCGAGAAACAGUUGUUUUCCAUUUCGCGAUACAAAGACCAGUAAAAUAACCAAAGAGUUAGUCCUCGAGAGGAAACCAAAUCUGCCGAAGUAUAUCAUUGUUGACUGUUCUAUGCUAUCAUACAUUGAUUCAGCCGGUGUGACCACUUUGAAGAAGAUUAUUCAAAAUCACGCCGACAUUGAUAUUCUUGUUUCGUUAAGCGGUUGUCCCGUUCAUAUUGAGGCCACACUGAAAAAUGAAGAGUUUUUUAGCGAAGUGUCCUCCGAUCGGGUUUAUAAGUCAGUGCACGACGCGGUCACUUAUAUACGUGACUGCGAAAGAACUAUUGGACAACCGAUCUACGAGAAAAAUACUGGCGUCCGAAAACCGAUUAGCAAAGUGUUGACCAGUUUGUCGUUGGACUCAAUAAUGAGUAAUGAAUCCAAUAUUAAGACCAACGUCGGUGUGAUCACCAAACCAUUUACGCCGUCGCCAUUGACUCGAUGUCCUGAUUCGCCCCGAAGUAUACUUAAAGAUAGCAAUAGUCCCCGAAAUUCUCCACUAUUGACCCGAUCGGGUCGUUCGCAAUUCUAUGGUCAGCGCAAACCCGGAGCUAUACUUAUGUUUAGCGGCCAACUCUUUGGCGUCAUUAAUAGCGGCCACUUCUUUCAGAUCAUUCCAUACUUUUGGAUUUAAAGAUUUUUCGCAUUUGUCUACUGACUCUAAACCUGAACAGGUAUAGGACACGGAAUC